CCGCCGGCGGGUGAGCUUCGCGCCAGUUGAGCUUUCGCGGUCGCGCUCGUCGCAACGACUCGAAGCUCCGCGCAAACGGCACGUGGAUACUUAUACGUAUUUUUAGCUCCGGCUAAAAACUCGCGCCGGCGGAUGUACGCGAACGGCUGCGUCGGAGAGAUGACGAGGUACAAGCAGGCCGAGUUUGAGGAUGAAGACAGCAGCAGCAUAGGAUCCGUGGCGCUGAACAGCGAGGGAAUAAGUGCAUCCGUCACACACAUUGGAUAUCGCACUCCGAGUGUAAUGCAGCGCACUGCAUCCUGCAGGACAUGGGGUGCAUUGCAGAGGUUCUUGCUCAUCGCUUGUGCAGCUCUCGUGCUCAUGGUCGUCAUUUUAUCCACCAUGAUCAGUCGCAAACAUGGAUGGGACGAGUCUCAAAUUCUACAUGUUACUUCCCACGGAGCAGAUGGCACACAUUGCUUGACGCAGCACUGCGUGACCGUGGCGGCUUCGAUAAUAAACAGCAUUGAUAACGCGGUCAAUCCAUGUGACGAUUUUUACGAGUACGCGUGUGGUGGAUGGAUUAAAAAAAAUCCCAUACCCGAUGGGAAAAGCAUGUGGGGCACUUUUGGGAAGCUGGAGCAGGAAAAUCAGCUGGUCGUGAAAAAUGUCCUCGAGAAACCGUUCGGCGAGAUGAAGUCCCAGGCUGAGAAGAAGGCCAAACUUUAUUAUUUAUCAUGUAUGGAUGCGAAUGAGACGAUAGAAGCUCUUGGGGCCAGGCCAAUGUUGGAUCUUUUGGAUAACGUUGGUGGAUGGAGCAUCGCCGGCAAGUUCAACAUAUCCACGUGGUCUCUCCAGGGGAGCAUGCAUAUUUUGCAAAACGUCUACAACAUGGGCGGUUUAUUUUCAUGGGCUGUCAGCGAGGAUGACCGAAAUAGCACCAGGCACAUCAUACAAAUCGACCAAGGGGGAUUGACUCUGCCAACAAUCGACAACUACUUGAACAAAACGGAACAUGCCAAUGUGCUGGCCGCAUAUUUGGAUUACAUGACAAAGAUCGGCGUGCUACUAGGUGGGGAAGAAAAUACAACAAGAAAAUCAAUGCAGGGCAUUAUCGACUUCGAAACGAGAUUAGCUGAGAUUACAACACCCCAAGAGGAGAGGAGGGACGAAGAGAAACUUUACAACCUCAUGUCGAUCGAUGAUCUUCAACAACAGGCUCCAUUUAUGUCGUGGGUGGAGUACUUCCGAAACGCAACGCUGCUAGUCAACAAAAAAGUCAACAAUGAAACGAUGAUCGUCAACUAUGCGCCGGAGUAUUUCACGAAGUUGACGAAGAUCAUCCUAGAGUAUAACAAUUCGACGGAAGGGAAAGUAACUCUGAACAAUUAUCUGAUCUGGCAAACUGUGAGAUCAUUGACGGCGUGCUUGUCGAAGCCUUUCCGAGACGCAUAUAAGGGAUUAAGAAAAGCUCUUAUCGGUUCGGAAGGACGUGAGGAACAAUGGCGAUAUUGCGUGAACGACGCCAACAAUGUUAUGGGGUUCGCCAUUGGAGCCAUGUUCGUUCGGGAGGUUUUCCAUGGGAAAAGUAAACCUAUGGCGGAAGACAUGGUGAACGAGGUGCGACAAGCCUUUAUCAAGAAUCUGAAGAAUCUCGACUGGAUGGACGCGGAAACUCGAAAGUCUGCCGAUGACAAAGCAAACGCUAUCACCGAUAUGAUUGGCUUUCCAGACUUCAUUCUGAAUCCCUACGAGCUAGAUGAACGAUAUCACGAGCUUAGCAUCAAGCAGAACGAGUACUUCAUGAACAACAUCCGGGUGAACAAGUACAAUUUAAAGAAGAACCUCGAGAAAUUGGACCAGGAGGUGAACAAGACCACCUGGAUAAUGACGCCGCCCACGGUGAACGCUUAUUACACCCCGACGAAAAAUCAGAUCGUCUUCCCUGCAGGGAUACUUCAGAGUCCUUUCUACGAUAUGGAGAAUCCCAGCAGCCUCAAUUUUGGAGGCAUGGGAGUUGUCAUGGGACAUGAGCUCACCCAUGCCUUCGAUGAUCAAGGGCGAGAGUAUGACUUGCAUGGCAAUUUGCACCAGUGGUGGAACAAUGCUACGAUAGAGAGGUUUAAGACCAGGACGGAAUGCUUCGUGGAGCAGUACAAUGGAUUUGAAAUCGAGGGUCGUCAUGUAAACGGGCGACAAACUUUAGGUGAAAACAUUGCUGAUAAUGGAGGUCUUAAGGCGGCUUAUCACGCGUACCUGACGACACCUAAAAGUUAUAAGGAUCAGCUACCUUUACCGGGUUUAAAUCUGACACAUCGUCAACUCUUCUUCCUCAGUUUUGCUCAGGUAUGGUGCUCGGCACUGACUUCCGAGACGAUAGGCCUACAAAUCGAGAAAGACUCUCAUUGUCCACCGAAGUACAGAGUAAACGCACCCUUGUCCAACUUGGCGGAGUUUGCGACCGAGUUUAAUUGCCCUAUAGGCUCCAGAAUGAACCCCGUGCACAAAUGCGAGGUCUGGUAAUUACCCCCAAAUCCUUUUUGGGAAGAAGAAUGAAUUGUUCGUCUUCGUCGCGCGAGGAUUUCUGAUGAGAAGAUUUUUCGAGCCGCGAUUUGAAGAUCGUCCAGGACAACCCGACCGACUCGGAAUCUUACCAGCUGGUUCGAAAAAAAUCCGCAAGCUCUGGAACGAAUCUAGCGUCGACGAAGAAUUCUCACCCCAUAGGAAGAGAUUCUUCUGCAAGAGAAACGGAUACGGGAAUUAUUGAACUCCACAAGCGUCGAGUACCGAAUUACAGUGCGAAUUAAUAAGGUGGGAUAACCUACCACUGGUCCCUGUGAUUGGUCAGACAUUUCUAUCUGAACCAAUUUACAAUUGGUUCCGUUUGUGUCGAAAUUGCUGUUUAUUGUAUACUGGCCUUGGAAACUCCUGUCGGUUACCGGCGGUUGAGAUGAACUUGUUAAUUUAUUUUAUUCGUGGCGUAACAUCCACUCAGAGCGCUCCUAGUCAAGGAUGGGGGAUUUCCAGUUACUUUGAUUUCAGAUGCCUGAAGUUAUCGGUAUUCCGGCCCGAGUUAACGUUUCCAAGAUUUCACGUCACUUUGAAGAGUUUAGUUCGCAGCUCCGUUAGAAUUUUACUGAUAGAGUGUGUAAAAUACACUGUCGUGAGGUCAUCGAUGGCUUUGUAAAAAGAUUAUGAAAUCGUUCGCAGAGCUUUUCUCAGAAAAUGCUUUCCAGUGCAACCUCUUCACCUACCGUGUACCGAUUACAUGGUUUUGAACGAAAUACCUAUCGCCAGUAUUAUGAAAUUAGAAAGUAGCUAAUGCGAAUAUGGAAGGCAGGGACAUUUUAGAAUGGUAGAAUUCGAUGUUGCAGAUUCUUUUUAUAAAUAUAUUUUUUGUAUUAAUUUCUCACGGAAACCUAAGAAAUAGAUGUGAGAAAGUGGAUGGCAGAGAGAGAGAUAUCUUAGGGUAAAUGCCGUGCAGUAAUGCCAAAUUUUUUGAGAUAUACAUUCUGCGUUUAUAUUCUGAUAAACAUAAACAAGGAAGCAUAACAGGGAAAUAUGAACGAAAGAAAUUAACCUUAAAGAAGUACUUGGGGAGAAAAUAACAGUCUUAUAAGAACGUCUACUUUUGGUUUUUACGCAAUUGCAAAAUGUUUUUAUCAUGCUCUAUCAUGUUUCGGCCAAAAUACAAUUUUUUCUUCCACGGUAACAUGGGACGUAGAGGUUAGGAUCGGCCAAAUGUGACGUAAAAACUAAUCGUAGACUUUAAAUAUACAAUUUCUCGCACUUCGUGUCAGAUUUUAACGGUAUGAAAGAAUGUGGGUUUUAACUCACGAGGAAGAAAUGAAGGAAAGGUGAGGUUAUGGUGCCACCGACGCUCGACGAUAUUGCGUACGAGUUUUGAUACUGGUACGAGUAUUAGUGUAGUGUAUCGGUGUAGUACAUUACUACUGUUGUUUGUACCUGUGCUACUUUGUAUAGACAUUAAUAUUGUCAUUAAUUGUACAGUGUUUGUCGGUAAGCGAGUGCUGGUUCUCGAGAUUCGUCUAAAUUAGUGCAACGUACUUUUCUCGGGAACUACGCCCCGCGCCAAAUACUUUCUGUACAAACAACGCUAUAUAUAAAAUACAUUUAUUUACCAAA